GCACACCGUAUAUGGUAUUUAAAUUUGGUCGAUAGAUUUAGUUGAGUUAGCGGCUGGUUCUUUCUGCUUUUGAUCCGUGAUAAAAUAAUUCGUUUUUAGUCUCUAAGUUGGAAAAUCCUGUCAUUUAUUCGGAAUUUUAAACUUAGCCUGAGGGUUGAGGAGUAGUAUGGAACAAUGGCCGGAGAACCUCGAAAGAGAGGGAGGAAUGUGAUUACUGGAAGGAUGAAAAAUGAAGAGAAUUUCACCAGAGAACAUCCUGGCAUUAAUCGUGAUGAUGAAAAGGCUAGUGUGAUGCAGCUACAACGUGAAAUCAAGGCUUUGAAAGAAGAGAAUGCUAAAUUGCAGAAGGACUUUGAUAAUGUCAAGUCCAUCUAUGAUCAGCUUGUUUCAGAAGGUCCUGUAGAGCAAUAUGGCGAGAGAAGAGUUAAUCUACUCAAGUCACAAGUUAUACAACUCGAGAGACAGGUGCUAAUGCAAGCUGAGGCUCUCAGUUCUAGAUCUGGCGUUCUUUUUGAAGUGGAGAAUAAUCUUCAAACGAUUGCUGAUAAUUUCAGGGAGCUGCUGUCCAAUGAAACUAAAGGCCCAUGUGUCCAGGUUCAAAGGUCACAGAUCACGACCAUGAUAGAAACUGCAGAGUCAGCACGUCUGAGACUGUACAAAAAUCUAGAGAUCAACAACCAAGAGAAGUUGGAACAACCUCUCAUCUUCACAGGCCUCUACUCGAAAACUAAACCUCAUCGCUAUGACAACAAGCCUGUUAAUAUCAUGGAUGUAUGCAGUGGAAAGAUAGAACAUCUCAACCUAAAACACAUAGCUAAAUUAGAAUCCAAACUCUUCACCUUGAACCAACAACUCAAGACACUCCACCAAUCACUGAACACCAGCUGGUCACCUGACUGCCACGCCCUACAGCAGUUGACCCAUCAGCAUCUUCCAUCGGCUGUCAAUCAGAGAUUGUCCAGCCUUCUUAACAACGCUGAGAGACAGCUGGUUGAAUGCUGUCAGGAUUUAGUAUCUCUGUCCAUUCUGGUUCCAGCUGCUCCAUGGCCUUUACUAAGUAAAUCUAUUAUACCUGAAAUCAAGAUUGAUGAUGUCAUGACGGUACUUCCAACUUUCCCAAGAAAUAAACAACAGCAGGUGAAGUCUGUGAUUGAUGCAGUGAUCAAGGCAAGCAACUACUCGAGAAGAGUCUCCAAAAUGGAGGCGAAGGCUUGCGUAGAAGAGUUGAGAUUCCACCAAGCCCUCUAUGAUGUUCAGUUUAAAUACAUGGAUUCACUCUAUGCUGCUGUAAGAGAAGCAUACAUGAUGUUUGAAGACAGUAUUCAGAAGACAUUGUGUGACCCAAUGAAAGAUGUUAUGUCAUCGUUUGAGAAGUUAAAGCAGACCGCAUCAGAGGAGGCCUUGAGAGAGUUUUUGACAGCUUUCAAGCUCCACAAGUCACAAUUGGAAACGGCCGUUGAAGGUCUGACACAGACUCGCGGGCAGGGAGCGGAAGCCAUAUCCGAGCACGGAGACCAGUUCCUGUAUGCUGUAAAAGUAGUAGCCGAGAAGACGGCCAAGGAGAGGGACCGGCUGGCUGAAGAGCUGGAGGAAGUCAAGAGAAUGAGAGAUCAGCACCUCACGGAAGGAAUGGAGGUUUUGAGGGUCGCUAAACCCGAAGAUGAACCAGCUGGGAAUGGAUCCGAAGCUAUGGAUGACAGAGAGAAGAAGAGUUGACAGAGGACCACUUGAAUAUUAUUUGUGCAAUAUACGGAAGUGUCGUUGUGUAGCAGUUCAGACUCUCGCCUUAUUAUUAGAGGGUCGUGUGUUCGAAUCUCACUCCAGCCUAAUGUCCUUUGGCAUGGCGUCAAUCCACUCUUUGGCACUCUCCACCUAGGUGUUAAAUGGGCACCUGGUAGGAUGCAAAAGCCUAUGCAAUAUGCCUAGCAAGUGAGUCUUGGAACUCUUGUUGGAAUGCUCCCUAGGAAGCACAAGUGCAUAUAUGUUGUGCAGCUAUGCAAAGAUCCGAUGACUGGGGUAAUAAUAAUUACAAUGUAAAGCGCUUAGAAACACAAUGUAUUAAGUGCUAUAUAAAUGUAAUUAUAUGUUUUGUUGUGCCUUGAAAAUAAUGAAAGCUUUCAUUACAACUAGGUGUUGUGGCCUGCCCUUCUCUUCACUGCCAUACAGUGUCUCUGAUGAUUUCAUGAUAUUGCUCCUGUGACAAUAGUACCAACCGAAUCACUCAUUAAACCAAACAUAAAUCCUACUCUCAAACCUAACCUAAUUGUAAUCUUUGCAUAAUUUUGAACCAAUCAUCAAGAACCCUAACCCUAUAACUUAAGAGAAAUUAGCAGUGGCAAAUGUUGCAUUACCAUCUUUGAUACAAAAUACAACAGAAAUGGGAAAAUUAAAAAUCUAACCCCACACAAUCAGGGAAAUACAUGUAUCAGGAUGCAAAAUAUAUGGCAUAUACAGUCAAGUUUGAAUAGUAAUGAUAUCUUUUUCAGAGUGACAAGAGCAAUAAUCAGUAUAAUUUUACACAGAAUUUAUUGCAUUCUUGGCUUUGAACGUGUGAUGUAGAUACUCGUCAAAAAUGAGUCACAAAGAUAUAUUUGUAUUUCUUUUUCUAUACAAGUAGAAAUUACAAAACCAGUAAAGUGUGUGAUAUGAAUUUUGCCUGAAAAACAAUUCCUUUUAUACUGAAGCGGAGAGUCGUUCAUUUUUAUAUUGAAGAUGCUUUGGUUAGAAUGCAGAUUGCCUUCCUUCAUAUAUCAACUGAAGUGAAGGAUCUACAGCCAGUUGCACAAAAACAUACAUUUAAAAUGCAACUUGAAGAAUCAAAUAGUAGAUCAAUAUGGACUUCUGAUAUGUUUAAAAUCAAGUUGUAAUUGAUUUUCAUAUUAACUCCGAUAGGUUGUAACUCUUUUCUGCCACAAGUCUUUGGGAAAGAUUCUGAUAUGUAAGAUGACAAAUUUCAAAUUACCUUGCUUAUUUAUUGCUGGUCAUUUGCUGAUUACCCAUUUUCAACCAGACUUAUUUGGCAUAUAUUUUCUUUCACAAUCUCCCAAAGAUAACUUUCGUGCUUUCGUCUGCGCAGCCCCAAAAUUAUGGAAUGGCUUGCCAUAUGUAAUUAGAUCUUCUCCAUCAAUAGAAACGUUCAAACGUAGACUAAAAACCUAUCUUUUAAUAAUAAUAAUAUAGGGUAUUUAUAUUGCGCACAUAUCCACCUUGUUAGGUGCUCAAGGCGCUCCUAUAUUACCCGGCUAAGCUAGGCGUUCAUAGUGCACACAGCUUUUUAAGGAAUUACUUCCUACCGGAAUUUCCAUACAUUCUUUUUUAUUUCCCUUUCAUAGAUUUGUUUUUAAAGCAUUUCAGCUCUUAAUUACAGUGGAGAAGAAUGUAUGCACAUAGUUUCUGCACUAUACAAAAUCAGUAUAUUAUUUAAUACUAUUCUUUCAAAAAAAUUAAUUGCUGUUUUGUUGGUUUCUGUUGGAUUUUUUUUUAAUGAUCGAUUCUACAAUAUAACCAAAAAUGUAUAGUUGGGGGUAUGUACAAUCCAGUCGUUGCAGCAAUAAUAGCAUGAACACAAUUUAGGAACUUUUUUCACAUUUGAUCAAAGUCUUGAUAAAAUUACUCUCUCAGCAAUUUAUUCAUUCUAAUUAUGUAAAAUUGAUUCUCUUUAUUAUUCUACGAAUCAUCUAACUUUUGAAAUAUCUAGUACUUAAAAAUCUUUGAAUAAAAUUGUUUCUCUGCAAACUGACAUGCAGAUUUAAGCCUUGAUUUUAUAUGCAGUUGAGUAACUUGAGUUAUUGAUACUGAUUGAAAUUAUUAUUGUAUAGAAUUAUAUUCUUGAAUACUUGAAUAAAGAAAGAAAGUGUGUAAAAUUCAGAUAUAUGAAUGUUUGGAAAAAAACUUUUAUUUUGUCUUGUUUUGUUUGGGUGCAGUUACGAAUACAAUUGAGUCUUUGACUUCCAAUGUGAUCCCAAAAGAUUUGUCUUGGAGGCAGAGUUGCAUGUAAUCUUUAAAUUUUGCUUAGGAAUAUGUUUUAAUUUUUUUUUUCAUUAUUUCUGUAAUACAGUUUAAUCACAGAUGUCUGAAGUAUUACAUAACUGUUUUCACAAUAUAUUGAUAAAUUUCCAAAUUAAAGAAAUGUAAAUUGAUGUUUUAGAGACUUUGAUGGGAUUUUCAGCAUUUUGCUCAUUUAUUCAUCUAGAUAUUUUUUCAGCCUAGAGUACCCCUUAAUGCCUGAACUUAUUUCAUUAAAACAAUAACUCAAAUCAUUCUGAAUUUAGAAAGCCUUGAAGUACACCAAUAAUCACAUUGGAACUUUUUUGUUGUUUGAAGGGAUUAUUUUUUUUUUCCUUUAUUCAUACUGUCAAACAAAUAAUUAUACACUCAAAGACACAUUGCUAUAACAAUUUUAAUCAUUGAUAUGAUAUACAUGUAUAUAUUAGGUUUCUUUUCUUAAAACCAAACUAAAAAACCAUAUAUGGGUACAGCAUAUAGUAUACCCCAAAACAUUGGUAUCUACAUGUUCAUACAUGGUCUUUAUCUCGUCAACAUAAAAUAUCUGUACAUUUUCAAUGCUUUGUCUAUACAUGUAUAUACUUUACAAUAUUCAAAGAGGCAAAAAAAUGCCCCAUUUACCAUUUAUGCAUAUGCAAAAGAUAUUAACUCCACAUGAUCCUUUUUAAUUCUUUCACAUUCUCACCAACACUUACAGAACUGUGUCACCAGAUUAAUAGUGUAGAGCAUUGUUUAAAGUAAGAGAAAUAGCUUCAAAUUCUCCAUGAGAAAUAUAUCAAGCCAGUUAGGAAUAUAGAUAUAGACAAGCGAGUUUGAUGGGUAUAAAAUAUACUUUAAAAUAGCAGCUUUGGGGCUAUACAUGUAUGUUCCAGGGCCCCCGUUUCAUAAAACCUGUUAUGACUAAUUAUUAUUUGCAAUUAGUUGAAAGCUUCUGAAAUCCUUGAACUGGGUGAUAGUUUUGCUACGAUAGCAGGUCUUUGUGAAACCGGACCCAGAUCCCUGUAACGCAAAAUUUUGAUAUCAAAUGAAAACCAGAUGUAACAAUGGUCUUAUUCACCCACAAGGCUUGCAUGGAACAAUGUGACAGGGCCUUUUACACAUGGUUAAAACAAAUGUCUAGGAGACCAAUGGCAAGCAAGACCCCCCUGCCUGUCCCACCUGUAUUGCCAUGCCUUGCUUUUAUUAUGCUCUACUUUUUCCACACCCUGCCAUCAUCAAAUAAGAUCUAUAUAUCUCUCUCUGAUUCUAAUAAAAGAGAGGAAUAGAUGUGGGCACAAUCUGUCAACUACGAUGGAUUACCCUUCAAAUGCCCUAUCAUUUAUGAGAAAAACAGCUGAAGUGCUCAGGCAAAGGAAUGUCGUUCCAUACAUGCAUUCCCAUGUCCAGCUUACGUGAUUGUUGGCCAAACUGAGUCAGUUUUCUUCUACAGAUUUACUAACUUA